UAUUGCCAUUAACGUGAGUCAUCCUAGGAAGUGUGGUGAAGGGAUAUAGAAAAUAAAUAUUGAACUGUUCCAGGGGAUAGCUGAAAUAAAUGUGUCGCGGGGAAGGGAUUCUGUAGAGUAGGCUGAGGUGGAAAGCAAACGUAACGCCUCUUGUCUGUGACUCACCCGCAAAACAGGUCUAUUCUCCGUCAACUCUGUUUUGACUGCGAAAGUAGGUGUCCUACUGACUUUUGUUCUUGAAGUUGGCUCUUGUAGCACACCUGAAUAGGCUAGCAGUGACAAGGGGAAAGAACAAUAGCUGAAGUUAUUCUCGAGGAGAGAAUUAUUUGGAGUGGACAAAAGUAUAAUAUUUUCGGUUUUACUUCUUGGUAAUUCCCUUAAGUUAUUUCAUUUCGAGGAGAAUGGAUUUAUUGCACUAAUAGCCAGGCUAUUUGGAUAAUUUUUGGGGGGAUAUCAGAGUGUUUUAAAGACUAUUGUGUUCAAGUUGGUCACUUUCCAAUCUUGUCCCCUUUCGGCACACAAAAAGAGAAAAGGGAUUGCACUGUCAGAGAGAGCGUUGGAGCUCAUAUCAUCUACUGAAAUCUUCGUCUUUCCUGGAUCAUGUACCAGGACUACUCCGUGAACUACGACACCUCGUCCCGUGGCAGCAGCACUUCUCCGGCCCAGCCAGAGUCAUUCACGAGCGGCAGCAGCACGAUCGGCAGUCCGAUCUCUACCUCAAGCUACCAGAAAUACCGGGCCGACAUGCCUGGCUCUAGCAGUGCCUUCAUCCCCACGAUAAACGCCAUCACGACCAGCCAGGACCUGCAGUGGAUGGUGCAGCCCACGGUGAUCACCUCCAUGUCCAACCCGUACUCGCGUUCCCACCCCUACGGCCACCACCUCUCCAACAGCCCCGGGCUCCUGGGUCACACCACCCUCGCACGCCCGGGUGUCAUACGCUCCAUUGGGGACACCCGCGGACGACGAAGGAGAGAUGAGCAGCUUACCCCUGAGGAAGAGGAGAAGAGGAGGGUGAGGCGCGAGAGGAACAAAUUGGCAGCUGCCAAGUGCCGCAAUCGCAGACGAGAGCUCACCGAGAUGCUCCAAGGGGAGACUGAGGAGCUGGAGGAAGAGAAGGCUGAUCUACAGAAAGAGAUCGAGACACUGCAGAAAGAGAAGGACAAGUUGGAGUUCAUGCUGGUGGCCCACAACCCCAUGUGCAAGCUUCCCCCCAAUGAUCGCCACCAGGGGGGCCACCACCAGCAGCAGUGUGCCCCUCUCCCCCUGACCAUGCGCAACAGUCUGGGCCCCCGAGGCCCCAUCAACCCCGUGGUGGUGAAGCAAGAACCGCAAGAGGACGAUGUGGGCGGCAAGUCCCAGCACUCUGUCAUUAAGCCCAUCUGCCUUGGGGGAGGCGGUGGGAUCUUCUGCGAUAGCGACAGCCUCAACACCCCGGUGGUGGCAGCCUCCACCCCAGCAUCCACACCCAGCGCCCCCAGCCUCAUCUUCACCUACCCCAGCAUGCUGGAGCCCGAGAGCCCCUCGCCGUCCUCCGAGUCCUGCUCCAAGGCCCACCUGCGCAGCAGCAGCAGCGGGGAUCAGUCUUCGGACUCCCUCAACUCGCCCACCCUCCUGGCCCUCUGAGCAGGGACAGUUAAGGUGGGGUUGUGGGGGAGGGCGAGGGCGAGCAGCGCCCCCUACCGACUUGGCAGACAAAUCACACUCAAGCUGUUUCCUUGACACCAGGAACCCUCAAGGGCUGAGCCGCUUUUUCUUCUCCUACGCUUCAGUGUGAUUGUUUUAAUACCCAGUGUGUGCACCUGUACCAGCCAGUGUCAUCUCUUCUUAAUUUAAACUCCAGCAUAUCAAUUUGCUUGUUGAACAAUAAACAGAUGACAUGGUGAGAAAUGGUGAGGUGAGAAAUGCCAGCAAAGGCAGUUAUAUGAGGAGAAAACUGUGGAAAGCAAGACGUUAUUUUUAGAUCAACAUUAAGAAAAGCCAUCUGGUGAUAGUUGCACUCUCCUACGAUCAAUAAAUCACUAAAUGAGAGACAGCAUUUCCUGACAUCCCUCCUGUUUUGAAGGAGGGAUACAGAGAAAAGAGAGAUUUCAAAAGCAGACUUAUCUUUUUCUUGAUUUUUUUUCUCCUCCCUCUCCGAGGAACUGUAUUUGGUUUAUGCGCUCAUAAACUUUAUUUCCAACUCUACUUGUAUUUAUGGCCUGUGCUAAUAUUUUUCAAAUGUUUGUCCUUGCGUUCUGAUGUUGUUGUCUUCUGAUCUGCCUGUAGAACAGCAAAAGGUUCACUGGGUGAGCCGCAAAGCCUCAGUGUCUCAAAGGAAAAGAGCCAAUUUUUACUCAAUGCCUAGUUCCUCAACAGUCCACUCCUAACAUUGAUCAUAGUAUCGAUGGCCAUCGUAUUGAUGUGUGUUUUCCUCAGUAAUGUACCUGAACUUUAUUACGUGUUUAUUACAAGUUUGUGCGAUUUACAUUGAUGUCAGGGAUUUCUCUUCUGUGUGGUGGUUGAAUACUAUUUUUUAAGGAGCAGCACGGGAAGCAUUGGGGCUUAAAUGCUGGAGUGAUAUCUGAGGAGAAAUACCCUUCUACUUCUAAAAUGAUGUCAUUCACCAAGACAGUUUGACCAAUGAGGUUAUUAUGACCAACUCCUUAUAGCCCCACUACUAAUGGAAAGUUCAACCAGACACUCUAGAGCUUGAUUGAAAGUCAUCCAUUUGUUUUGUAUCAGCAUAAUUUAUUCCUCUCGCCUGUAACCCAAGCUCUGGCUUUGUCAGAAAAAGGGGAUUGGAUAUUGCCCAGCGAUCUCAAUAUUCCCAUGCAGCAGGGCAGGUUUCGAAACCAAAAACAAUACAUCUGUAUAUCGUUUGUACUGAAGGAGUGGUCUGGUUGAACUUUUCAGAUGCUACUGUGGUGUGAAAACAUGGUAAUAGUAAUAACACUGACUACAUCAUUUUGUAAUAAUUGAAUCAUUAUUAAGGGGCAACACCAAUAUGUGGGCAGGUGACCCUAUAUAUCAACUAGCACAUUGAAACCUGUUCACUGGCCUUUGUGUAGCCGUAUCAGACCCAUAGCAAAGCCAAUGCACUUUCCAAUUCCUUUUGACUGAUGGGACAAACGAGAUUCUCUUUACAGCUGGCCUGAGGUGGAAGAGGGAUGUCUUGAGGAAAAUGGUAAAAGAAAACACUCUUAUUUGUUUUGUAUGUAUGUGUGUGUGUUUAUGGGACAGGGGGUUAAGGAUACCAAGCGCUGAAAUGGAUAGAAUUGCAAUAUUUCAGACAUUGUUUACUUCAAACAUUCCUUACAUGGUCAGUGGAGUCAUGACCUUUGUGGUGAUCACAGGACAGAAUCAUUUCUGUUGUUGUGCUGGGUGCAGCAAAUAAGACAAAAAAAGCAUUGCUGCUGCUGUUGUGGACUAGUCUCAUCACUUAUUGAUCUUUGUUUGGAUGGUUACAGUAUCACAUGACAGCAUUUGGACAACAACUCCUAUCAUGCAUUGCGAUAAAUUGCAGACCAAGGAAAAAAAAGAUACCAAAAUGUAAUUGUCGGAGAGUUUGUCUGUUUGUCCGUUCGAGUCUUUAGAACCCCCUAGAAACACUUAGGGAAGCCAUCGACUUUAGAUAUUCUACUGUACAUGUCAUCUGCUAUAUGUCUUCUGUUUUUGACAUCUAUUUCUUAUUUUUCCAAAUGCUUUAACUGUUUAAAAUGAUUCAAAACAAACAAAAAACAGCAAUAUGUAUCGCAGUGUUUGUUCAUUUCGUAAUUCAAUUCAAUAAUAAUAAUAAUAAUAAUAAUAAAAAGCAUUUUCGACAAGGAA